AUGUCGGACAUUCUGCUGCUUUUCUCGCUGCCUUUCAAAAUCUACGCCUACCAUGCUGCCGAGUGGUCUCUGGGUCAGGGAUUCUGCACGUUUUUGGAAUCCCUGUACUACGUGAACACCUAUGCAAGUAUCCUGAUGAUAGCGCUGAUUUGUCUGGAUCGUUACAUCUCCAUAACGCACCCCUUUCUGGCCAGGAGCUUCAGAUCCCCCAAGCAAACUGCCAUCUCCUGCGCCACAGUUUGGAUUUUUGUCUGGUCUUGCAGCGCAUGCAUUUAUUUAAGAACCCUCCCCAGAUCUACUUGUUUUUUCAAUCAUGCUUCUGAUGUUUGGAUAACGUCAAUCAUUGCAUUCCUCCAAACCAUAUUUGUUGCCUCCGCUCUCACCAUGAUCUUCUGCUCUGUCCAAAUCAUCAGAACUCUGCGGAAAAGUGGCGCAUUGAAAGACGAGAACAAGUACAACAAAUCCGUGAAAGUCGUUCUUUCAAAUCUGUCAACUUUCCUCGUUUGCUUCACGCCAUGCCAUGUGGCGAUGUUGCUGUACUUUUUAGCUCGGAAAUCCCUGAUACAUGAAAGGUACCAAGUGCCUCUGCGUAACGUUCUGCAGAUCUGCCUGUGUUUAGCCAACGUAAACUGUGUCCUGGAUGCCAUGUAUUACUAUUUUGUUAUUAGAGAGUUCCGGAUGUCGAAUAAAGAUACACUGACAACCGUUGGAGGCACAAGAGAUUCUGCAGAUGCUGGGAAUCUGCAGCAACACACAAAAAGCUGGAGGAACUCGGCGAGUCAGGCAGCAUCUAUGGGCGGAAGUGGACAGUCGACGUUUCGCGUUGAAACCCUUCAUCAGGACUGGAAAGAGGGGAGAUAG